CAGAGGCCAAGGGCAAAGGCGCUGAUUGUGUUUUGACAAGGGGUGGCUCAGCGGACUGACAAGUUGAAGCAGCAAGAAUUAGACAUGGGGAAAAAGGUGAAUCUUGUGAUUGGCGACGAAACUUUGACUGAAGACGUCGACUUCCUCUGCGAAAUCAGUCACUAUUUUCAGGCGAUGUUUCAAGAUAACUUCCAAGAGAGCCAAAUGGACUCAAUUGAUCUCACGAGUUCUUGUGACAAUUUCACCACAUUCUUUUUGAAAGAGGUGAAAAAAGGCAGGGAGGAAAAGCUGGAGUUGUACGUGAUCGUCUACAGAAUAAUGACACCAGAAAUUUUCCAGACACUCAAAAUGCUAAUGAUCAAGGUGGACUUGGAGGAAAUCGCCAUGGUCACCAUGUCCAUGGCGCAAUUAGAGGAGUAUCGGAAAAUCGCGGCUGACACCGGGAAUGAAGUUUUGGAAAAGCACUGCCUAAAGAAGGCAUGUGGAUUUUUUUCCGAAUUCAUCGAUACGCUUGGCUUUGCGAUGUUGUCCAUCGAGAAGCUCAAGAUGGUGCUGAACAGCAAGUACUUGGACUGCGAAUCGGAGAUCGAGGUUUUGAGAGGAGUGUUCAGAUGGUUUGACCAUGACAUUGGUGGACGGGAGGAGCAUUUUAAGACGGUCCUUUCACUCAUCAACUGGACCAAGAUAAAGGAUAAUCGAGAUCAGUUCCACUUUUUGAUGCAUACGUCAAAUGUUGUCAGAGAGAGUAAAAAACUGGAAAAACUGGUCAGCGAUAACGUCUGCAAAGCCACAUACGAAGCUAUGGAGCGUAGAAACACUGCACACUUGCCCAAUGUGAUCUGCGGACAACAAGAGAGGCAGCCAAUUUUCUUGACUGUCCAAAAUGAGUUCACCUAUAACAAAAACCAGUACGCCGCAAUGUUUUUCUUUGACUUGGAAAACAGUCUGUUCAUGGACAACCUUGUUUGCGAGCAAAAGGAGGAGAGCAUGGAUUGCGAACAUGAUUUUGAUGUGCAUGGUUUCAAGGUAUAUUUGUUCGGGAGAUUAAACAGGAUCGAAGACAAGGGACUCAUCAGGACCAGACCUAUUUGCAUUCCUGCAAAUUGGUCCACAAAGACCGGAUUUACCAGCACUUGUGAAGUGGACUUGGACGAAAAGGCAGCUGGUGAACGUGGGCCAUUUGAAACUGACAAAAAAUUUCAAGAACACCCUAUUGAUGCCCAGCGCUCGGGAGGAAAUUUCUACAUCUUCAACAUUGGGUGUGACCGGUACAACAUCAAGAACGAUUCUGUGCAAACUUUAUGGAAGUCUGAUGGCGGCUACACUUCUUGGGUUAAUUUCCCAUUCAUCUACAGCGCCUUAUACAAAAUGGAAACAGACUUGGAGCUCUUUGAAUUUGAUUUGCGGAACUUCACAAAAACCACCAUAAAGAGUGAAUACCAAAGCUAUCUGGCGAAAGUCAAGUUGCAAAGCCAAAUUACAUACGACUGCAUGGGCUUCCCGGUCUUCCCGUUUGUGAUUCCAGAAUAUGAACAAGAAUCACCACCACUGAUUCCUCCUCCUAUACCUCCACCGCACCUCCGUUCCUUCAUCUCGGGCCACAGGUUCCUCACUCCAAUUGAUGGGACAUUUUACAUUUCAGAGAAAAUGAGCACAACCUUCAACGAUCUCAAACGUAUCUCCAAUGAAAAUUUUCAUGUUGAGGAGGAACUGAUCCAAAGUGGGAAAAUGAUUGUCCACCAGUUCUCCCACGGAAACGAUCUCUACUUCCUGCUCCAUGAGGGCGCUGAGUUUAGCUUGGGACUUUACAAGUUCCUGGGCAGGGAGGUUGGCCUGCAGAAGAUCAAGGAUCUGCCCAACAUGGCCGUCCAAAUGAAAGGACUGCUGUCGAAACACUUAAGGUUGAACAAAGAAGAGAUCGAACUUUCCUACUUUAUCAAGUUCAAAACCGUCAACCCCCUCUGGGUGGAGGGUUUCAAGUACAGGAGUAGCAUGACCACCCCUGCAGUCCCGAUGGAAACCGACUAAAGCUUUGCAAUUAAGGUUCCACCUAUGCAGUGGAGAUUAAAAGUUUAACGGAAAAAUUAAAUUUAAGAAUGAAUGCUAAUGCAACGCUGUACCAAAUAAAGAGUUUGGAAACUUAAAAUACAAUAAAAUCUUACUUCAAAUUUUAUAUUCAUCAAUGCCUAAUGAAAAUAAUACA